AUGGGGGUUGCUGGUCGAACUUUUGUCGUGGCUACAAAUGUGUUGACUUUGUUGGCAGGUUUCUUUCUUGUAACCUUUGGACUUUACGAGCUAUUAUCGCCUGAUGCACGUCUAUAUUCGAACGCUCUCCCUCUAGGGAUAACCAUUAUUGGUGCGUUGGUGAUUUUAGUGUCGAUCGCAGGAUGCUGUGGUGCGCUUGUGGAGAGUAAACCAGUGUUGAUUACCUAUUUCGGUGUUCUGCUGAUAUUAGUCAUCAUUCAAACAAUAGCUAUCCUAUUAGCUCUGGCUAAUACAAAGCAUGUUGAGAAUGCUGUUGACGCCGCUUGGGACAAAGCGUAUAGAACGCGUCCCCGAAUAAUCCGUGACAUUGAAAACGAAUAUUCAUGUUGCGGAUUCCGUAGCACGACCGACCGUGCAGUUCCAUCAAAUUGCGCUAAUAACACAUAUUACGGUUGGGAUAGACCAUGCUAUGAUAGUUUGCGGGAUUCUUAUAAACAUCACCAAUAUAUGUGGGGCAUUCUUGGUAUUUUCUUGGUUGCGAUCCAGAUUAUGGCAUUGAUUUGCGCUUAUCUUCUCAUUCGACGUAUUCCGAAUGCGUGGAUGCGUGAGUCUGACUAUAGAAGAGAACAUGAGCGACUUGUCAACCAGGGGCGUGGUAGAAAUGUAGGGUAUAGGGACGAGGAAGCUCCUAAAACAUAUGUUGCGCGACCCGUUGCGCCAUAUGGCAGCACGGGUUAA